AACGUGCGGCCGCUCGGGAGACUGUUUAGGUGUUCCUCUUCACACACAGAUAUCUCCGUCUCUCCGAUCUCUCCGAUCUCUCUAUGUGCGCUCUGCAAACAAAAGGCGGUGCGGCGGCGCCGUCCGUCUCUCCCUCUCUCAGCAACAACAUGACUGCGAGGCGGAGCGAGGGCGAGUGGCAGGGGAUGGUCAACGAGUAUUUAAUAUGCAAAAGGAAGUUAGAGAGCAAGAAGGAAGCCUUACUGAUCCUCUCCCAGGAGCUGGACACCUGCCAGCAAGAGCGAGACCAGUACAAACUCAUGGCUAAUCAGCUUCGAGAACGGCAUCAGUCCCUGAAGAAAAAAUACAGGGAGCUCAUAGAUGGUGAUCCGAGUCUCCCCCCUGAAAAACGGAACCAGGCAAAUCUUGCACAACUUUUGAGCAGUUCCCGAGAACGAAAUAAGCAGCUGACAGAAGAAAUUAAAGAACUGCAACAGAGACUGGCUGAGGCACAGGGUGAUAACAAGCUUCUCCGAAUGACAAUUGCAAAACAGCGGUUGGGUGACGAAGAAGUAGGGGCUCGUCACUUCCCACCACAUGAGCGUGAGGACCUUGUUCAGCAAUUAGAAAAGGCACGAGAACAGAUUGAACACUUAGAGCAUGAUUAUCAGGCAGCAAUUGAUGAACUUCAAGAUGUUAAGGUAGAACGUUCUUUCUACCAGGAAAAAUCUGAUCGUCUAAACCAAGAGAUUAACCAUAUUCUUGGAGGACAUGAAAAUCGUAUAAUUGAUGUGGAUGCAUUGUGCAUGGAGAACAGGUAUCUCCAUGAACACCUGAAGCAGAUCCAGGAGGAAGUAAAUAUUCUCAAAAACAAUAUUUCUAAAUACAAGAAUGCUCUUGAACGCAAGAAAAAUCCAAAGUCAAGUGCCCGGAGUAACAGUAGCGCACUUACAGGAGUCCUUUCUGCUAAACAAGUCCAGGAACUCUUGUCAGAAGAUCAUGGUUGCAGUUUGCCAGCUACUCCACAGUCCAUUUCAGACCUGAAGUCCUUGGCGACUGCUUUGCUUGAGACAAUUCAUGAUAAGAACAUGGUUCUUCAGCACCAGCGACAGACUAACAGAAUUCUGGGCAGUCGUGUUGCUGAAUUGGAAAAAAAGCUGAGGACCUUAGAAGUUUCUGGUUUAUGGAGUCUACCAGGUCUGAGCUACAAUCUCUCAGUGGGAUUAGGGAGUGGAAAGGAAACCAUAACGUUAACCGAUGCUGCCAUUCCUGUGGAUCUAAGACCAAAGUCUCCUAUGUUGGAAUCCGUAGAGCAUCAGACACAACCUAAAGAUCAAAUAAGAGAUCAAGGAACUCUGGGUCAGCCUGCAACAACCGGGUUGGUUACUGAAGAGGAGGAGCUCAAAGAAUCUGAGAUAAUGCACACGGGAAGAUAUGACAGUUGUGGAAGUCCGGUGUGUGUAUCUUUGCAUACAGACUCGCAGGCCAUGGAUGUUUGUCUGGUAGUGCCUCAAUCCUGCUCAGUGGAAGCAACUGACGAAUUGGGAAAUGAGAGGAUAAAAACAUCUGAAAAGCUAGUCUCUUUUGAAGUCGACAAUGGCUGUAACGACACAAGUCCUUCAGAAGAACAGGGUACAGGGCCACCUCAGAAUUGUAGUGACAUUUCAUUUCUGUUUGAAUCUCCACUAAUCAGUCCAGAUGGAAUUGGCGAAUCUGAUUUUGAGAGUGAACAGUGGACUCUAAAGAACUCAUUAACAGAACAACCUGACACUGUAGAAAACAGCAUAGCUGACUGUGUAUCAUCAACCGUUAGUACCAAAGAAACAUCCAGUCCCCAAUCACACAUCCUCUUAUCCAGUGAUCGGCCAAUGUUAGGGGGCACAGAAGUAUGUACUGCUGAAAUCCAUGGAGAAAAUAUAGCUUAACCUAAUCGACAUUUGAUCCUUUGGUUUACAUCUGCACUGUAAGAUAUAAUAUCUUAUUAAAAAUAUUGUAAACCUCCAUUCCUGAUUUCAUCUUUCACACAAGAGCAGUAAAUCUUUACCAUUAGCAAUAACUUUACAGGACAUGGAUGCUUUGCAUUUUUGUGAAUUAAAAUCUUUUUAAGCACAUAG